UGCUAUAUAAACGAAUGAAAUACACAAGACAAACGUACACGACAUCUACCUUCAACGUAUAUAUAAUCAAUCUACUACAAGCACUUAUAAGCUCUUUCUUUUUUCAAGUCUCAGUACCAACCAGUUGAUACAAGAACAUAACAUUACGCUAAAUGGGGCGCUGGAUUAGACCCGAGGUAUAUCCACUGAUGGCGGCUAUGACAUUUGUAACGGGAAUGUGUGUUUUCCAGUUAACAAGGAAUGUUCUCUUAAAUCCUGAUGUCAGGAUCAAUAAGGCUCAUAGAAGCAUGGGAGUACUUGAAAAUGAAGAAGAAGGAGAGAAAUAUGCAAAACACAGCCUUCGAAAGUUUCUACGCACUCGUCCACCGCAAAUCAUGCCAUCUAUCAACCGUUUCUUCUCUGAUAUCGACAACAAAUGAUCAUAUCUCAAUCCAAUAACCAUAUAUAUUUCUUGUCUUUCGGCUUCUCAUGAUAUUUUAUUUUGCUAUUCCGUGUUUGAUAUUUAUAUGAGAACCGAUUAAUCCAAAAUCGAGCAUUGGUCCAUACUUCUUUGUUCCUUUUUCUUUUAUUUUUGUCUGGUAUAUAUAUAAAGUCAUGAUGGUCUAUG